GUCUCCAAGCCCCGAGCGCAGGUUGCCGGGACAGGCUGCGGCGGCUCCGUGCGGCUCGGCCUCUGGGGCCAGCUGGUGGCGGUGGCCUAGAGAGGCUCAGCGGCUGGUGGGCAGGUGCACUGAUGCUGAAGUACUAUGAGCUUUCAGAACUUCUGGAGAGACUACAAAGUUCUGGUUGUUAUGGUACCUUUAGUCGGGCUCAUACAUUUGGGAUGGCACAGAAUCAAAAGCAGCCCUGUUUUCCAAAUGCCUAAUAAGGACAACAUUUCUGAGCCAGAUAGUCCAGUACUUGGACAUCCUCAGAAGAGUCACAUCCAAGGGAAAUAGCAGGCUUGGAAUCUUCAGAAAGAAGUAUCUUUGAAUCUGAGCUUCAUAUUGAAAGAAGAGAUGAAAAACACCAGCUGGAUUAGAAAGAACUGGCUUCUUGUAGCUGGGGUGUCUUUCAUAGGUGUCCAUCUUGGAACAUACUUUAUACAGAGGGCUGCAAAACAAUCUGUAAAAUCUCAAUCUAGAGGCAAACAAAAUGAGUAUUGAAGAAUGAAGGAAAAAUAAAUACCUGGAAUUAUUACUAUGUCAUUAAGUCAUUCCAUGCUGAUAAGCUUCAUAAACCUGGAGCUAAUUUUUAUAGCCACAGUGCUGCAUAUUCAGGACUUUCAUUCCUUGAAGAAUAAUUUUUUUUCUAAAUGUCAAAACCCAUGACAAUGCAAUAAACAGAAAAAUAUGGUUGACAAAAUAAAAGCCAUCCUCACCAAUUAUCACCCAAAGUAAGAUGUCUCGUUUAGAAGCUAAAAAGCCAUCGUUCUGUAAAAGUGAACCACUGACAAGUGAGAGAGUCAGGGCCACACUUUGUGUCUUGAAAGGCAUCCUAACAUCGAGCUAUGGCCCUUCAGGUAGGCUGAAGCAGCUGCACAAUGGCCUCGGGGGCUGUGUGUGCACAACCUCACAGUCGUCAGCCCUGCUCGCUAACCUUUCCGUCACCCAUCCCAUCUUAAAGAUCCUAACAACAUCCAUGCAGAAUCAUGUGUCGUGCUUCAGUGACUGUGGCUUAUUCACAGCCAUUCUUUGCUGCAAUCUGAUUGAAAAUGUUCAGAGAAUAGGCUUGAUGCCCACCACUGUUAUCAAAUUAAAUAAGCAUCUUUUGAGCCUCUGCACCAGCUACCUCCAGUCUGAGUUCUGUGGUUGUCGAAUUCUAGUCGACUUCAGUAGUACUCAGACCCUCCUUUGCCUGGUGCGCAGUAUAGUAACAAGUAAACCUGCCUGCAUGCUCACCAGACAGGAAAUAGACCAUAUCAGUGCUUUGAUUCUGAGAGCCUUUUUGCUUACAAUUCCAGAAAACACCAAAGACUGCCUCAUCUUAGGAAAGAGUAUAAUUGUGCCUUUAAAAGGUCAAAGAGUUACAGAUUCUACUGUAUUACCUGGAAUACUUCUUGAAAUAUCAGAAGUUCAAUUGAUGAAGAUCUUACCUAUCAAAAAAUCAGACACCUUCAAGGUGGCACUCUUCUGUGCAUCUUUAUCUGGAGAUCUCUCUGACACUGGAGAAGGAACUGUAGUGGUCAGUUCUGGGGUUUCUCUUGAAAAUGCAGUCCUGGACCAGUUGCUUAACCUAGGAAGGCAGCUAGUUAGUGAUCACAUAGAUCUAGUCAUAUGCCAAAAAGUUGUGCACCCAUCUUUGAAACAGUUUCUCAGUAUGCAUCGCAUGAUUGCCAUAGACAGAGUCGGAGCGGCUCUCAUGGAACCCCUGAGUAAAGUGACAGGAACACAGCCUAUUGGUUCCCUAGGCUCAAUCUCUCCUAGUAGUUAUGGAAGUGUAAAAGAUUUGUGCACUGAAAAAUUUGGCUUCAAACAUUUUCUUCAUCUUAUUCCUAAUGAGGCAACUAUCUGCAGCUUGCUGCUCUGCAACAGAAAUGACACUGCCUGGGAUGAGCUGAAGCUCACAUGUCAAACAGCACUGCAUGUUUUGCAGUUAACAAUCAAGGAACCGAGUGUUUUGUUGGGAGGUGGCUGUACUGAAACUCAUUUGGCAGCAUAUAUCAGACACAAGAUUUGUAAUGAGCCCGAAAGCAUUCUCCAAGAUGAUGGGUGUACUCAAACAGAACUUCAGCUCCUCACUGAAGCAUUCUGCAGUGCACUAGAAUCUGUUGCUGGCUCUCUAGAACAUGAUGGAGGUGAAAUUCUUACUGACAUGAAGUAUGGACACUUUUGGUCUGCUCAGCCAGAGUCUCCCUCUGUUGUUGACUGGCCAGAUUUGCUUUCAAGAUGUGGCUGUGGACUAUACACUAGCCAGGAAGAACUCCGCUGGUCUUUUUUAAAGAGUACUCGUCAUCCCUUUGCACCACAAACCUGCCUCCCACAUGAAGCUGUGGGCUCAGCCAACAACCUGACCUUGGACUGUUUUACUGCUAAACUUAGUGGCCUGCAGGUGGCUGUGGAGACAGCCAACUUGAUUUUGGAUCUUUCAUAUAUCAUUGAAGAUAAAAACUGAUAGAACAGCAUGUUUAUAUUACAAAAACAAACAAAAAAACCUAGUCAGGUAGUCAGUUAAGAAAAAUAAUGUCAUAUUUUUUCUCUCCCAAAGCCCUCUUCUGCAUAUUUGGAUAGGUUAUUCAUAAAGUUAUAGAUAUACAAGGAAAAUAUAUGAUUCUUAAAUGGAAAUACCAUAGAACAUUAAAAACAUGAAGCAUUAUUAAAGAUAUUAUAGUUAUCUUAGGGAUUCCACAGAUGCCACUGUAUGUUCUAAAUGUGUGUUGUUAUUGUGACAUCAUUCUAAGAAUAUACAGAAAUAAAAAAAACUUCCUAAUCUAUGCUCUAGUUUGGUUAUACUAAACUGAUGUUUCACCAAGGAAUAUAAUUUGAAUUUUAUGCAAAUGCAAUCAAUGUAUUGAUAAAUUGAAGAUGAAAUACAGAAUGCAGCUUGAGGAGUAAGUAUGGAGCUGUAACAGAUGUUAUAUUAAACCUUAAACAUUUUGAAAAUUUUGGGAAAAUUAAACAAUGUAAGAGUCAGAUUUGUAGCCAUGUUAGAAGGAAAAAGAGUUUUUAAGCAAUUUCCUCCUAUAUUCUUGCAAUGCAAAAUAAUUUUUACCCUGAGCCAAAGAAAAAAUUGUAGUACACAGUAAUGCAACAUAAAACUAUGAAAACUUGAGUGUACCUUAUGCUUCAUAAAACAGUCUCUUAAAUUUUACUUUUUAUUAUUAGAGUCAAAUGGAAGGACAGUGUGGUAGGCAGCCUCUAAGACGGUCCUAGUGACCUCUCCCAAUCCUGGGUUUCAGGACCUUGAACAGUCCCCUCCCCUUGAGUGUGGAGUGGAUGUAGGGACUCCUCUGAGUUUCUCCCCCUUGUGAACAGGAAUGUCUUAUCGGAGUUCUCCCAUGCUCAAUCCAUCAUUGUAUGUUGGGAGUGGAGGGCAGAUGACUUGUCCCAUUAGCUUCAUGGGUCUACAGAUUGAGAGGAGCUGUGUUGCAGAAUCUGGACUUAACGAAUUACACCUGAGGAGCUUCACCCAACCUGACCUGAUUUCAGUGAUAAGAUUCUGGACUUCAAGCUAAUGGUGUAAUACGAUGAGACUUUUGUAAUCUGGGGAGUGUGUGAAUGUAUCUUGCAUUUGAUACAUUAGAGGCAACCUCUAAGAUGGCUUCAGUGAUGUCACUUCCUGGUAGUCCACCCUUUGGGUGUGCAUGGGACCUAAAAACUAGUUUUUAAUGAGUAUACAGCAGAAGUGAUGGGAUGUCACGUUGUAGAAAGAUGGGCUUCUCUUUUGAUCUCUCACUCUCACCCUGAUUAGAGGCUACCUGCCGGGUUGGGAAUGCCUGUAGAGAGACCCACAUAGCAAGAAACAGGGCCUUCGAGCCAACAGCACUAAGGAACUGAAUCCUACCAACAACCACAAGAAUUCUUUUAGAAGCAUAUCCCCCCUAGUGGAGCCUUAGCAGUAACCCCUGCCACUGCAACUACUAGAGAGACCCUAAAGCAGAGAACCUAGCUAAAUUACUCCCAGAUUGAUUCCUGACCCACAAAAUCUGUGAGAUAAUAAAUCUUAAGUCAAGUCUUGGGUAUAAUUUGUUAUGCAGCAAUAGACAUCUAAUAAAGGCAGGAGCAAAGGCUUAUUUAUAAUUACAUACUGAAAACUUGGUCACACAAUGGCAAAAAGCUUUCUUGAUGCCAUGCCUCUGCGUUUUCACCAUCACUACAAACAUAAAGGCACUGUUCUUUAUCAUACAUGCUUACAAUGGGGUUUUACAUUCACUUAAGAAAGUGUGUCACGUGGGAAUAGGAGAAUUGCCCUGGGUCUCCCUGGCCUUCUACUGCAUUUCCAAGUUACUCAAAAAAGGGAUGCCACGCUGAAUCUCUCCAGUUGAUCUUAGAGGUUAAGAGCCUCCACUUCCCAUGAUAGCCAUUAACUCUGCCAUUUUUAUUUAGCUUUGCCAUAAAAUUGUUACAUACCUUGGUGAAACAUCCAUGCUCUCAUUUUGAAUAUGUCAUAAAUUUGUUUAAAUAGUCUCAUGAAGUCAUGUUUCCUGAAGUUGUGUACAAGCCUUACUAGAAAAUACUGUAAAUAAUUUUUUUUUAAAAAAGCAAUUCCUUAACAGAUGAAGGAAAUCAUCAAACUCAGAUGGUAAAAUAUGAGAUGAAAAUUCAUGAUGCAAAUAGUUGCAGAGGAGCUCAUUUUGACAGAAAUAAAUGACAGAAACAGCAACUAAGUUAAGCCUCAGACCAUGUUUUGUGACUGUAAGAUUGAGGUCUGAAUAUCUCAUUACAAGGUUCCUCGAAGACAGAACCGGAAACCCUGACCACUACAAAAAAAGGAAAGGGAGAAUAAUGCUCAAGAGAAUGAAGUCAGGGACGGCUGCUCACGACUUCUGUGGGACUUACAGGACGUGUAGCAUUCAGGUUUACUGAGCCGUAGGUGUCCAACAGGAUUAGCAUCCUAUUUAUCAAAAGAGGUUAGGAUUUUGGCUGCAAGGAAAAUAUUGGAAAAUGAAAGCAAAUUAAAGGAAUCUUCUAAGUCAAAA